UGGGGGAAUUCUUUAUUGGGAUCCUCUAUUAGCUGGCUCUGAUUGAUUCAUGUCUAGAAUUCCUCUGUUUUCAAAGUGUUGUUCUUUAUUUACUGUCCUGAUUUUAGAGUUUUUUAAAAUACUAGUAGCCAGAUUUUGUUCAUUUUCAUGGUUUCCUCUUUUCUGUUGAAAUUGUCCACAUGCUUGUGGAUUUCAAUGACUUCUCUGUGUAGUCUGACAUGGUGGUUGUUGGAGUGGUCCAGCAUUUCUGUGUUCUCAAAUGAAUCAAUCAAGGCAAACUAACAACUCCUAACAAAGGAUUCCCCCAGGCAGUAAACAGCCAGACCUUGAAGCUGAAAGACUGCUCAGUGCUAAUCAAGGUGGCUAUUGCAACAUUCACACUUGCCUCAAAUAGACAAGAGUUCUUUCUCCCACCCUGAACAUUCCACAGAUAUAUAACACCCAAUUGCCUAGUUUCCAACAGACCUCACAACCUCUGAGGAUGCCUGCCAUAGAGGUGUGUGAAAUGUCAGGAGAGAAUGCUUCUGGAAAAUGGCCAUGCAGCCCGGAAAAUUCACAGCAACCCAGUGAUUCUGGCCAUGAAAGCCUUCCACAACACAGCGAAGAGUGACUUUUUAACACAUAGAAGGGACCUUGCAUAGUCCUGAUUUCUCCUCCCCCAGCUCUCUUUCCAUCCUGCUCCUUCCUUCCCCCAGCCUUUUUCUAUCACUUCCUUUUCUGCCCUUCUUCGUCCGAAGUCUUUAAGGGGGGAGAUGGGGAGGAGAAACACACCGCCCCCCCUUGACACCUCCGUGUUGUUAAUCAGAUCGAUGGGGAAAAGUUUGAUUGAAGUUCCUUUGUCAUGCAAAUGCCAAGGACUUGAUGGAUGAUGGUAGAUAUCUGACAAACUUCGGGAGGCCUUUGCUCAUUGGGCUCCAAAGCCAACCCCCUUUCCACCCUACCCCCCAACCCCAUACACUCUACACCCCCCCCCCCCCAAAGCUCCUCCAAGAGUCCCUUUCUGAAGGCUCUAGGAAGGCGGGGUGGGGCUAUGGGGGCUCCUGGCGUCGAGGUCCAUAGAUGGGAAGGGACUCUCUCUCCUUCUCCCUCGCUCGCUUCCCUCCCCCCUUUAACUUUGACAUACUAUCCAAAGGUUGUAGGGCAGAAGAAAUCCCCGUAAAACAGGGCCACCCUCUUCCAUCAUUGGCACCGGAACAAUACCUAGAAUGAACUUCUUCUUAGACUAUGCAAUUUGUAACCGUGGGACGAGCGCCUACGCGCCCAAGGACUUUCACCAUCACCACCAGCAGCAGCAGGAGCAGCAGCAGCAGCCCUUCGACCCAGGAGCCCCUUCUUUCCCAUCUGGUCCCGGUGCUUCUCCAGCUUGUGACAGCUACCCUUCAGACGGACGCUAUGGGGCGGCUGCUGGACCCAGCGCCCAACAGCACCCACAGAGCUUCCACCACAAUCAACACCACCAGCAUCAACUGCCUCCCAACCCCGCUGGCCUUGGUGUCCCCUUCGCCCGGCCCUCCCAGCCUGGGCCAAGCGGCGGGGGCUUCUACGGAGCAGGCUUCCUCAACCAGCAGUUCUUCCUCGGCCCCACAGAGACGGAGGGCGCCUACUUCCACCAGCCUUCGGCCUACCCGGUGGCUUUGGCGGCCCCCUCCACGCCUCCGUCGUCUUCUUCGGCCUCUCCUUCUUCUGCUUCGGGCCUGGGGAGCCUCCCUGACAGCUUCUGCGCCGACCCCACGGGCCAGUUCCAGCCUCCCCAUCUCUAUGGGACCGAACAAGGCGGCUAUUUCCCUUUCGGCAGCCUCUCGCCCCCUUUGCCCGAGCACAAAGACCCCAGGGCUGCCUCCUUGACCCAACCCGGGGCCACCAGCCAAACCUUCGACUGGAUGAAGGUGAAAAGGAAUCCCCCCAAAACAGCGAAAGCCUCCGACUACGGCCUGUCCGUGGCUCCGGGCAGCGCCCUCCGGACCAACUUCACCACCAAGCAGCUGACGGAGCUGGAGAAGGAGUUCCACUUCAGCAAGUACCUGACGCGGGCCCGGCGGGUGGAGAUCGCCGCCACGCUGGAGCUCAACGAGACCCAGGUGAAGAUCUGGUUCCAGAACCGGAGGAUGAAGCAGAAGAAGCGGGAGAAGGAGGGGCUGCUGGCCGGACCCCCCCUCGCCAGCGCCAGCGCCGCCUCCGCCAAGGAGAGCGCCUCCGACGAGUCCAGCGGCUCCUCCACCCCCGACGCCUCGCCCGGCUCCGGCUCUUCUUGAAGGGCAAACAUCCAGCAGACUGGGUCCUUCUCCCCCUCCCCGCACCCCACUCUGAGAAAAUACCCCCCUUUCUAACACCCCCUGCCACCAGAACAGCACUAGCUGUUUGUCAAAGGCUAUCACAGCCCGGAAUCACUGGGGUGUUGUGUGGUUUCCGGCUGCGUGGCAUCUGUGGCCUCUGAAGAUGCCACAGCCUCAGAUGCAGGCGAAACUUUGGGAGAAAAUGCUGCUAGAACCAGUGUUGGGGAAUCUGAGCUGUUAGACUCAAAACAACCUUCAAAGUUGGGAUGAUUCCACCAUAAAUAUAGCAGAGUACCAGAAGUAAACUUUAUAACCAGCAGAAACCACUUACAUGUGAUGAACUGGGAUAAGCUUCCAUUCCUUAGGAGGGCUUAGGAUUGCAGAGUCAGAACUUUGGGUUCAAAAACAUUUAUUCAAGUAAAAGAAAUACAUUCUUCAUAGAAAAGGGUCUUGGAGCUAACUAGCUUAUUAAAUCUCAUUUUCUAAAGAGGUAAAAGGGUAAAAAAGUUCAUGCAGCGAAUAGUGAUUAGCCACAUGGAUAGCCCAAGGCAAUAAAACUUAAAAAGGAAGUUGCCUCACAGAAUUCCAUUGCUACACCAUCAAAUAACCAUGUCUGUUGGAGGCAGUUGUGAAUGUUGCAAUUAACCUCCUUGAUUAGUAAUGAAAAGCCUUGCAGCUUCAAAGCCUGGCUGAUUCCUGCCUGGAGAAAUCCUUUGUUGGGAGGUGUUAACUGGCACUGAUUGUUUCAUGUCUGAAAUUCCCUUUUUUCAGAGUGUUGUUCUUUAUUUACUGUUCUGAUUUUAAAGGUUUUUUUCAA